AUGUUUGUGACGCUCUGGCGCGAAGACCCCGGGUUUCAGGGUCAGACUCGGAAUGGGUCUCGUCAGUUCCAUGGUUUCAGAGCAUUGUGGUCGACCUACGUUCAAGAGGGGUUCGCAGAAUCAGUCAGUCGUCAUCACGCGAAGGUCUUGACGAGAAGGAGGGAUCAAGAGAUCGUUGGACACUUUCCUCUUCGCCAAAAAUUUGGUGACAUGGACUCCGUAGAUGCAAUCAGCACGAAUUACAGCUUCGUCUUUGAUCCUAUGGCCAAUAUUUCGACAGCCGUGACCCGGGAUUUGCGUGCAGAACAAAUCGUACCUCCAUGGAUCGAAGAGAUGCACAGACACGGGAAACGAAAUGCUGUGAUUUACGUCGCCGUGGUGCUUUCAGUUUAUUUCGCAGGGAUUCUUUUCUUGCUUUUCAAACACUGGCGACAGGGCCACUGGACUGGCCACAGUGCCAACUACAUGGACAGAUUGAGGAGAGAACGCCAGUCGUCGAGACACCGGCGCCGCGCCGCCGAAUCCAGCAGCCGCCUCCACCAGGUUCAAUCGGGAGCGAUAUUGAGUUUCGCUCCUCAAGAAUCGCAGAACAUCGCAUUGCAGUUGCUUCCCACGAACCCAGGUUUCGUUUGCCAAAAUAGCAGUGUUUUCCAGAGCGAACGCGUCUCGGAAGCAGCAGCAGUGAUCUUCCGCCAAGGUGACCAGCAACACAUAGUUGCGUACGGGCCAAUAACACAUUACCAGGAAGGCGACGAGGAUGUUCGAGCGACAUCUAUUUCUUUGGAGCCGAUUCGGCCGGAAAUUUUGACGCCUCUCGUAGAAGAAGAGGUCGAAACAAGCUCCGCAAGCAGGUGUCAGCCUACCAGUGUUCGCGUAACGGCGUCGUUGGACAACGACGACGUUUCUUGAACUUGGUUAUACUCCUUGUCCAAGCCGACAACAACGUUUGCUCAACGAAAAACUAGUUCACUGCUACGCAUUUUUACACCUCCUAAAUCAAGUUCAGUCUAUUUCCACGUUAAGUUGCACUCCGAUGCAUUACUGUACUCAUUUGUGUCAUGUGCUGGGGUGUACUGUAUGUGAGACCAAAUGCGUCUCUUCAAUGUGUGAGAGGACUGAAAGCCUGAGAGGUGAAAGAUUGCGAAGUUUCCUGCUUGUUCGAAGAAAUACAAAGAGCCUGCAGAUGCCGUUUACGAAGACGUUCAAAUCUUUAAUAGCGCUUAUCGGUUGAGGGGAAUUUUCUGGACAUUUUGUAUGAGGACA